AUGUUGAUUGGCAGCGUUGGCGGCCUGACACUAGAUUACACGAUAUCGAAUUACAAAGGUAUAGCAGUAUUUCAGUUAAUAAUAAAUGGCGUCGGUGGUAAUUUAGUCGCCGUUCAAGCUAGCAGAAUAUCGACAUCGUUGCACAAAGAAUCGUGGUCUGAUAUUCAAGAAAAAGCUGUUAUUCGUUUCAAUCCGUUCUACACAUACUUGGCCAAAGGUGGACAUGCGAGAACUGCCAGAGUUUUACUAGCGAUGGUAAUACCUGGCCACCUAAUAUUUGCUUACACCAUCAGUUAUCUCCAAGCCGGCCAUACUUCUUUCACUGCCAUAUUUAUUAUCGUGUACCUGACCGCCGCUUUACUGCAGGUGAUUUUGUUAUUAUACGUUGCUCAGUUGUUGGUGGUAUGGUUGUGGACACGAGGAAUAGAUCCGGACAAUUCUGCGAUACCAUACCUGACAGCAAUAGGUGAUCUAAUAGGAACGGCGCUGCUAGGAAUUGCAUUUCACAUACUUUACGCCAUCGGCGACGGAGAUUCGGAUGUAGGAGAUUGA